CUUCCUUCUACUGUCGGCUCCAAGAAAACCAAAAGACAAACAUUGACGAGGUAUCUUGAAGUUGUUGUUGGUGUUGUUGGUGUUGAUAUUGUUGGUAUUGUUGUAGCCAGACUCCGUGGCCGUGGAGGAUAAGAACAGGGAUAGCUAACAAUACAAUGUCAAGCAGUACGGGGGGAUCAUCCAACAGUUGUUCCCAGUUAGGACCAAGACGAAGGAAGAGACCACACCCUCAUGUUUACAGUGGUAUAGAUGGUACCUUUGAAGACAAGGAUAAUGAUUACAUUUGUCCAAUUUGUUUUGAUAUUAUUGACGAAGCCUACAUGACGCCAUGUGGCCACACAUUUUGUGGUGAGUGUAUCAAAAACUGUAUAGAACAAAACAAGAAAUGUCCGCGCUGCAAUUUUGUGAUCGAGAAUGAUGAACAGAUAUUCCCCAAUGUUAUGUUAAAUGAAUUAAUAUUAAAAUAUAAAAACAGAUUGGAAGAAAAACAGUUACGGUUACAGAAUGGCUCAAACAGUACUCUAGAUUUUCACGACAUCUUGGAAGAUAACCUUGACCUUGCACAUGUUAACCAAUUUCUCGAGAUAUUAAUGAACAAAAAAUUUCAGUUGGAAGCUGACUGUAAACGGAUAGAAUUGUAUCUACUAAAAGAUUUUCUUCACCAAGUCCGACAGAAAAAACAAGAACUUCUUGAUCAAUUAAAUAAAGACUUAAAGAUUAUUGACGAUGAUGGCAUGAAAGUUGAAAAAGCCCUCACAGAUAUCAAACAACAGCCAUGUUAUCAGAACAGCAAUUUUGAUUUAGCGAUACCAUCAACGAGUGAUUCAGGGAGUCAAGAAGGAUUCAAUGGAAGCAGGAAUAUUGAGAAACAUUAUCUUCAGACAACGAUGGCGUCCAGAAGGAAGAAAGUUAGCCAACACUUUGAAGAUUUAGAACAGUGUUAUUUUUCAUGCAGGCAGAAGGAAUCCAGCCAAGACCAAAUAGAAAAUAAUGAGCUGGAGAAGUUUAUGGAAAGUCUUUCAAAAUUCACAAAAUUUACAUCAUUUCGUCCAUUAGCAACGCUAAGUUAUGCCAGUGAUAUAUAUAAUGGUUCUAGUAUAGUAUCAAGUAUUGAAUUUGAUCGUGACAGUGAUUAUUUUGCAAUAGCUGGAGUAACGAAAAAGAUAAAGGUCUUUGAAUAUGAGGCUGUAAUAAAAGAUGUGGUUGACAUACAUUACCCAGUCCAUGAAAUGGUCUGCAAUUCCAAGAUAAGCUGUGUUACCUGGAGUUCCUAUCACAAAAGUAUGUUGGCCAGUUCUGAUUACGAAGGUACCGUUACGCUUUGGGAUGCUUUCCAUGGAACCAAAACCAGGGUUUUCCAGGAACAUGAGAAAAGGUGCUGGAGUGUGGAUUUUAACCGGAUGGACCCCAAACUGUUAGCGUCAGGUUCAGAUGAUUCAAAAGUCCGUCUAUGGUCAGUGAAUGUAGACCACUCUACGACCUGCCUAGAAACAAAAGCCAAUGUUUGCUGUGUGCGUUUCAAUCCUGGUAGUCGAUUCCACUUGGCAUAUGGCUCUGCUGACCACUGUGUCCACUAUUAUGAUCUCAGGAAUACAAAACAAGCAUUAUCUGUUUUUAGAGGACACAGAAAGGCCGUGUCUUAUGCCAAGUUCCUUAAUCCCGAAGAUUUAGUAUCAGCGUCAACAGAUAGCCAACUGAAAUUGUGGAAUGUCAACAAAAUUAACUGCCUCCGUACAUUUAAGGGACACAUCAAUGAGAAGAACUUUGUUGGACUUGCUACUGAUGGCGACUAUGUAGCAUGUGGUAGUGAAAACAACGCUCUGUAUAUAUAUUAUAAAGGACUCUCCAAACAGUUGAUGACCUACAAAUUUGAUACUGUCCGAAGUGUACUGGAGAAAGAUAAAAAGGAAGACGAUGCCAAUGAGUUUGUCAGUGCUGUAACUUGGAGACCAGGCUCUAAUGUUCUUGUUGCUGCUAACAGCCAGGGUACCAUAAAGGUUCUGGAAUUGGUGUGACCUUUUGGUACAUUGAUCUUAAUAGCUCCAAGACAUUUCUGCCACCUGUACCAUUUUACCGUGACAAACUAUUUGUCUGGAAUCUUUCAUGUUCACUGCCAAACAAACCAUCUCAACAUCUUUUUGGUUACGUUUCACAUCUACCCUGAUCUGACUCAUUUCAUGUAGAAAUAUGUAUAUAUGUAUAUAUGUAUAUAUAUGU